AUGUGGCCUAUUCGGACUGCCCUCCUCCAACUCCUGGCCUUGAGUGCCACGGUGUUUGGCUACCCUAAUCCUGAGCCCUGUACUGGAAGCUGUUUUGCCCAAGACCCAGCGCUCAUCCAGCGUGCUUCUGACGGGGUCUACUUCCGCUUCAAUACUGAUACCUACAUCGACAUCUACAAGUCGACUGGGGAUGUUUCCGGUCCUUGGGAGAACGUUGGCAAUGUCCUGCCUAAUGGCAGUAUUAUAGACAUAGUUGAGGGUGAAGGGCUAUGGGCACCAAUGGUGAUCGAGGUGAAUGGCACGUACAUCCUGUACUACAGCGUAUCAUCACUCGGCAGCCAGGACUCGGCCAUCGGCUACGCAACAAGCACAACCUUGGAGGCGGGGUCAUGGGUUGACCACGGCUCCACAGGCGUUGAGUCAGUGGACGGGAGUCUCUACAACGCCAUCGACCCAACUAUGAUCCUGGUCGAUGAUACAUACUACCUCUCGUUCGGCUCCUACUGGGAGAACAUCUUCCUGGUGGCCUUCGACUCGAACGCAGAGACGGUGGCCGACCUGGCCGACGCCGAGCAGGUCAUCUACCAACCAGCGGGCACUCACGAGGUCGAGGCUAGCUUUCCGUAUUACUAUGACGGAUACUACUACGAGUUCUGGAGCGAGGGCCAGGCCAACAGGUAUGACACGGACAAGCCAGCGGCGGGAGGCGAGUACAAGAUCCGAGCCUGCAGGAGCUCGGCUCUGCAGGGUCCGUACACGGAUGAGAACGGGACGAGCUGCCUGGACGGUGGCGGCAACUAUAUCCUGGAGAGCCACGAUUAUGUCUACGGACCAGGAGCACAGGGUAUCUUUGAUGAUCCCACCUAUGGUAUCAUCCUGUAUUACCGAUACGUCAACACCACAAUUGGAUAUGCUGUUGAGGAUUACCAAUGGGGCUGGAACGUCAUCGAUUGGGUAGACGGAUGGCCAACACUCUAA